GUGGCCGGGCACAUUGGGGAUCCACUGUAUGAGCUGAACUUUCUCAAAAGCGCUAUUUGGGACCAGCAGACUUGGACUUUCACCACGAACUUCACAGUGGACACCAGGCUGGUCGGCCUCGAUGCAGCUUACCCAAAUAGGCUGCAGCUCGUCUUUGACGGGAUCAAGAUGGGCGCCGUGAUUCAGGUUAAUGGAAAAGUUCUCGGGACAGCCACCAGCCAGUUUAUCCGCUAUACCUUCGACCUAAGCCCAGAGGAUCUGCGAGAUGGCUUGAAUAAGUUGGAGGUUGUCUUUGACCGUUCCAUCCGCGUUGGAGGCCGCUUCAUGGCCUGCUCUGGUGGCUGGGACUGGGCCCCGUAUACCAACACACUGCAGGAGGGUGCAACAACGUUCUCGUACGGCAUUUGGAAGCACGUUUAUCUUGUCUACACGCCGAAGGGCUCUGCAUCUAUAACUCACGUUGUGCCGCACGUCUUCUUCAAUGGCGCAUAUCCUGUUGAGGCCCUUGUCGAUGGAAAGCACGCAGGCUUCAAUGUCAAGGUGAAGGUCUUUCUGUCGGCCCCAGCAGCUGCCAACGGCACGCUCUCCCUUCUCCCCUCCUGGAGGCUCCAACACGACAGCCACAGGAUCUCGGUACCAGCUGGUAACUCGAACUUCACAUUGGAGGUUGCUGCCGAUGCCGCUGCCAUCAAACUCUGGUGGCCGAUCGGUUUGGGCGAGCAGAACCUGUACGAACUGGGCGUUCAGUUCCAGGCCGACAGCGAGCUUGGACUUCCAAAGUCGGCAACAAGCCGGAAGAUCGGGUUCAGGUAUUUCGCCUUGGUCACAGGCAACGACACAGAUCCCGGUUAUGUAGCCCGGGCGUCGACGGAGGAGGGCACGGAGUCCCAGGGAAUGUACUUCCGCAUCAAUGGUGUGGCCUUCUGGUCCAAAGGUGCCAACGUCAUACCGAUGGAGGAGCUCGAGGGCAGGAUGCUGGGAGAGGCCCACCGUGUCAUGGUCCGAUCCGCUGCGGAUGGAGGUAUGAACACACUCAGAGUUUGGGGUGGUGGGAUCUUCCUCCCGGAUGAGUUCUACGACGCAUGUGAUGAGCUCGGGCUCGUGGUUUUCCACGACAUGAUGUAUGCACAGCUGGGACACGCGCCUGAGAGGACAGUUGUCCAAGACACCGAGCUUCGACACCAGGUUCGAAGGUUGUCUUCGCACCCGUCGAUUGUGAUUUGGGACGGCUGCAAUGAGUGCACGGUCACCAUGGGUAGCCCGACAGAGAUCUACGCUACCUUUGUGAUGACAGUCAUUGCAGAGGAGGACCUCUCGCGAUCGAUUUGGCCCUCAUGCCCAGCAUUCGGCUGGUCCACAGGAGUCCACAAGCUGGACAGCCUUCCCAACGGGAACCCGCUGACCACGCCUGGGAAAGCAGAGACGAUUGAAGUGCACGGCUACUACCAGCAUGGCAACGGUUUCCCGGCCAUGAAUGGAGAGAUCAAGAUGUUCCCGUUCAAGGCCAACAUCCCCAUCAAGGUUUCCACUGAGUCCACGGGCCUGGAUCAUAGGAACAUCUUUGCCUCGGAGUUCGGAGCUGUGGUGAUGUCCUCCUUCGAGUCCAUGGCUCCAACCCUAGCACCGGAGCACUGGGGACUGCAUGCUGGCCAGCCGAGUGACACAUGCGAGUAUGAUGUUCAUGUGGUCGCCCACAACCAGUGUCAAGGUCAGAAUGUGAUGGCACAACGGAACUACCCGUGUGACAAUCUCAUCAAUGCUUAUUUUGGAGACCACCCGGACAGCUACUUCAAUAUGACUGGAGAGCGGAUCUUCAAGCAGCAGCUCUACCAGUGCAUGUUGUCCCAGGCACUGAUACUGAAGACAGAUAUCGAGACGAGGCGUUCCACCAAUCAGUUUGGUUGCCUCGUCUGGCAGCUUAACGAGAUUUGGCCUACUGGCGGCUGGGGUUCACUGGAGUACGGCACACCGGUCAAGGGUCAAGUGAUUGGAGGGCGCUGGAAGCCCCUGCACUACCUUUUCAGGCGGUCACUGUUCACCGAUGUCAUGGCCACCUGCGGAAUGGACGGUCAGUGCUAUGCCAAGAAUGAUAGCCCUUGGCCCUUUCAGGGACAGUGUGCCGUGUCUGUGCUGCACUUCGACGGUCACCGUGCAGUACUCCAGAAUUUGGACCUAGACUUGCCGCGGGGACCUGGAGUGAAGCACCUUUUCAAGGUGGACGUGCAAAACAUGAGCAGCAUUGACUACAUGCUGCUGGCAGAAUGCUCGACCAAAGUCAAAAGCAGUCGUGGGUCAAAUUUCACGGCGUUUGGGGCCUCAGCGGAGCAUGUGGUCUCCUUCAAUGAGAUUCUCAUGGCUGCGGUCUCAGUCUUGGACAGUUAG